AUGAAUAAUAACAAUCCUGAUUUAAUGCGUACUCCACUGAGAAAUUCUUAUUUAGCAAACAAACCUUUUUGUUCGCCAAUGAGAAAUGAUAUUACUCCAGUCAAGAAUGUCAAGAAUGAUUUGAAAAGACUUCUAUCACCAUCACCAUCUCCUAAUGCAAAACUUUUAACACCAUCACGAGAGAUUAUAAAACGCCGCAAAAUUGAUGUAAGUGAAUCGGAAAAUAUUUACAGUCUGAAAAAAAAUCUUCAAGAUUCAGAACCAAAUUAUGGUGAUCUUCUAGCAGUUAAAAGCAGAAUUAGAAUUAAGAAAAUGGAGAUUGAAAGCCUUAAAACGAAAUUAGCCUAUCGAAAAAAGAAUAAUCAAGAAGAUCUUCACAUAGAUAUUGAAAAAUGGAGAGAAGCUUGUCAGCAAGCUCUUAUCCAGUACCAAAAAGAUUGUUCAGAGAAACUGGACAAUGGAAAAACUUUAGAAAUGGAUGAAAUAUUAAAAAUGUUAGGCAUUCCUGAGCAUAUUGUAAAGUUUCCAAAUGAAGAUUAUUAA